UGUUAACAAAUUACUUACCCAACAUAGAAGUUGAUUUCCCAACGAUAACUAUCUGUCCAUUCUCUAAUACUAUGGCAUCCAAAUUCAGAUCAGUAUUGACAGACUCCGAGAGGGAGUAUGCGAAAAGAAUGUUUCCCUACAUUCAAAUGGAGAGCAGGGAAAAUAAUUUCACAGAAGUACACUAUGAUCCAGUGACUAUUUUACGCAAAAUGAGUCAAAAUUGCACAGAGUUUUUGCAAAAAUGCCGUUGGGAAGGUGUCGAGGUAAAUUGCGAUGACCUUUUCAGUGAAAUCAUCAUACCAUCCGGACUGUGCUAUUCCUUAAAUAAUUUCAACAAGACAUACCGUCGUACGUCGAAUUUUAGUUACAAAAUGGGCCUUUCGGUUUUAAUAAACCCAGAUUUAAAGGACCACAUGACAAAUAAAAUUACAAAAGGGAUAACGGUGGACCAUAUUGCAAUUUAUCUCAGUCCAAAUGUGCGUUAAACGACAUGGAACGUGCACUUCUCGAAAAUAUUACUGCGGCCAACUGCAUCAUGAAUUGCGAUGGAUUCACUUAUUUGAUUUUAUUAACACAAACAAAGCUAGUCGUUUUUAAU